AUGAAAUUCAACGGGAAGACUAGCCCAGAUGCAGCUGAUCAAUGGCUGAAGGACCUGGAGAGAAUCUUCGACGUGAAGAUGUGUCCAGCAGAUAACAGUGUGAGAUAUGCCAAGGAGGUGGAAUUCCUCCAACUGACCCAAGGAGGGAAAUCUGUGACAGACUAUGCUGAAAAGUUCAAGCAUCUCAUUUGUUUCUACACCUUGCCACUCGAUGUAGAGUGGAGAUGCCAUAAGUUUGAGAAUGGCCUCCGCGGCGACAUCCGCUUGAUGGUAGCCCGUCUAUCCAUCAAGGACUUUGCUGCACUGGUAGAGAAAGCACGAAUGAUGGAAAAGAUGAAGAAUGAGGUGGAAGGUCAGCAUCCACAGCAGCCACAAAGGAUAGGUGGACCAUCUAGGUCCAAGCCCAAACAUGAGGAGCGGAGGAGACCAUACGACAGACCUCACCAUCAGCCUCAGGAGUCUAGGAACUUUUCCCCUCAAUAG